GAACGUUAUACCCCCUUAUAGUUAGAAGUGAAGCCAUGACAUACAAUCGAAGGCGUACAUAUAUGAGUACCGUUCAUUUUAGCAUAAAAAUCUAAACGCUAGGCUCCUGCACUAAAACAUUGAACAUGUGUUUAGAGUGGGUAUAGGCAACGGCUCUAACCUAUCUGCCUAGUUCCCGAUAAUUUACAGUAGGCUAUGUUUUGAUAGCGUAAAUUAGUAUUCCAUUUCAUUUCAAAUACAGUCCUGCUUCAAUGGAUGAAUUUUACAGAAAACGAAAUGGUUUUACUGCAUAAUUGUCAGGUGUGGGGGUUCGAUAGGCUAACCGGAAUGAUCAUCAAAACCAAAACAACCUUUAUUUUAUCGUCGGGUAGGCUAAAGCUCAUAUUGUUAUCCCAUGGCCUACCAAUGAUAUGUUGGCUAAGUGCGGAGCGUAAAAGUAACUUACUUUUAUAAUCGGACGAAUUUCUCAAGCGAAGUCUUCCAUUUUCACCUUAUUUUCACCGGAUUUGUGGAGUCCUUUGGGUCUUUGUUAUUGACUCUUACUAGACUGUUGUUUGCCCGCUUUACCUGUAGCCUAACUUAACUUCCCUACUUUCACGGAAUAUGCCGCUAUCAGCCCCCUUUCAUGGAUCGCAACGCUUAACCUGUGUUUUAGGCCUAUGUAUAGAAUAAAAAUAAACAUAUUAGCUAAAUAAAAUCGAAAAGUUACAUUUACAAUAUCAUUUUUUUGCACAGCUUUCCUUUGUGCUUGAAAUGAGUGUGAAGGCAAGCCCACUGUAUUGACUGUGAAAUUCGAAACCCUGUCUCUGUCGUGCGAGGUUCUCGCAGAGGCAGGCUACAUAGGAUAUAGACCUAUGUAGGACAAUAUUAGGACACUUCUGGCUUUCGCAUGGGCAACUUUGAUACAAUAAACUCGGCAACAUUUGAGCGUUUGUUCAUACUAUAUUGCAUAAUUCGUUUGAAAUUCACAAAUAAUUAUAGAUGUAAUACAUUGCGUUGAAAACCCGGAUCAAAACAAUCUUAUAAUAAGCCAAAGGUGUACCAGGGUGUGCGGGUGAAGACAACCGUUAAACAGUUGCUGCAACAGAAAAGAGCUCUCCAGACAUCAACUAAAACGGUUAGAAUGAAAUCCCAGAGCUCGGUGAGUCAGGAUGUGUGCGUCUCCUCCUCCUUGUCAGGCCAUUACUUUGAUUAUUUCCCUGAAGAGAUGAAUUCCAACUGCAUCUUUCAGCCGCGGGCCAUUCCAGAGAGCAACGUCCAUAUGGACAGCUUCGAUAAUCAACAAUUGAUAAGCAUGAUGAUCCCCAACGAGACCUACAGCAGUGGUAUUCUGCAUCCCGCUACCUCAACAAGACUUUGGCGCCAGGAAAAUCACUCCCCGAAUAUGGGCUAUUACGGCCAUGGCAUGGCUCCCAGCUCACCGUCAGGUUCCCUGAAUAUGCCAAGUCCGGUCGAUUACAAUAGUUAUUCGCCACAGGAGUCUUACUCUUCGUCGUGUUACAACUCUCCGACGAGACUGGACUUGAGUUAUGGGUUUGUUCCAGACCACUACCACUACCAGAACUGCAACCUCCAGGAGAGCGUCUCCACUCCAGAAUACGCACCGUAUGGCACAUCAGACUAUGUAUACGCCUCGCCUGCGGAGGACAGCUACUUCAGGCGUGAUUUGUCAAAUUCAGAGCUGUGCUACCUUUGAAAAUGUAUUCGGUCUUUGUUGUCUGUGUAAAUACAGUAUAAUGUGCAGUCAAAACAAUGUCUGUAACUCGAAGUCAAACGUUGACACCUGUGGCAUUUGUUUUGAGAUGUAGGCCUGCUUUGCAUUUCAGAGUGUUUGCGGUCGAAGUUUCCUCCGAGUUUCUGUUUUUGAUAUGAUUGGAAUAAUGGUUUUAGAAUUCCUGAGUUUGGAUAAAUGUUGGAUAUGU